CUUAAGUAUAGAAUAAUUAAAAUUGAACGCAUCCUAUUCUUGUUUUAUAUGCUGAAGUCUCUGUCACCUGUCUGGCUGUCAAUGUCAAUUAAACGUCUAAUGACAUUUUUGUGGUGUUUUUGUGUACGAAUUUAUUUAUUGAAAUAUUCCUCCGUUUUCUUCAAAAUAAGGAAAAAUUAGUAAAAUUAAACUAUAAAGUACUAAAAAAAACAUUCUUACAACAAUUUGGAAUGCCGUCUCAUAAAUUACAACACAUACAGACCUGUUACGGGCAUAUAACAAAACAUAAUGCAAAGUGAUUUUUAACUUCCUUUAACUUAAAAAAUGUGUUUACAAUGACUCUUGUGACUACUUUACGUUAUUUAGCACUCGCUGUGAGACUUAAAACUAACUUAAAUGAACUACUGAAUUAAAUAAUUCAAUACUUACUUCGUCAAAGAUGAACAACAAUGCGAAACAUGGUCGCCACUUAAGAUCUGUUCAUCUGUAAGGGGUAACCCAAUGCUGCAUCUACCGGUGUGGGGUCUCCAAUCAAGCAACAUAAUAUUUAUUUAUGAAGCGUUAAAGUGGCAAAAGCAUUAUGGAGCCUGAAAAGCCCUUUGCCUGCAGUAUGCCAGAUUGUGGCAUGACUUUCACGAAUGAGGACCACCUACACGUCCACACAAAGAAGCAUGACAUGGUGCUGCAGUUAGGAAUGGGGCAGAAGGCUGCUUUCGUUGCUGACCAAACCCCAACACCCACCAGGUUUAUAAGGAACUGUGAGGAGGUUGGGCUGUUCCAGGAUCUUCAAAAUGUGGCCGUCAACCCUUUUGAUGAGGGGUUCAAGAGAGCUAUGGAGACUAAACAUGGAAUGCACACACUGGAAGGUCCAUCGUCCAAUGAGGAUCUCCUGCACACUCCACAUUUAGUGUUUCCACUGGAAUCUGGUGACUGCACCCUCUACACUGCUAACAACCAGAGGAACAUCACUAUUAGCAGAUCAUCAAGUGACGAAUCUGGCGCCGUCAAAGAAUACGAAACGACUAAAAUAUCCAAACUAACCAAUGAAGUGACAACUAUAAGUCGAAUCGUAGGCAAAGACGAUGUGUCUAUCGUAAGACAUGAAGAAGGCACCAAAAACAAAGACAUAUUAAACGAAACCUCAGUUUCCUAUACGAAUAACGUAAUAAUCCAUAGCAAUGUAGAAAUAAGACAUGACAUAAACAUAGACACGAAGAAAGUAGCCAAUAACAAUGAUUCCAUAAUAAAAGACCCAUUAAGUAUAGAUGGAUUAAUUAAAUUUAAUGAUAAUAAUAAACUGAAAGAUGCACCGCCUAUAAUGUCUCAAAAAUCAUUAGACUUUGUUGUUGAUAGUCUAACAACGGAACCUGUUAAUCGUGAAGAAAGUUUACCUAAAAAAGUUAAACGUAACCCUGAUAACAAUGAUAGUUUAGACGAUAAAGAUAACUCAAAACGUAAUGUUGAUAAUACAAAUAAAGUUUCCAACGAAAAAGAUAAAAAUAUACCAAAAUUUGCCAAUGAUCUUGAAUACGAAGUCAUAAUUAAACUACCAAAUGGUAAACAUGUUAGAAUGAAAGCUGUAGACGAAAUAGAAAAACCGAUAAGCGCUAAAGAAAAAUUAAAAAUUGAACUAAGGAAUAAAUUACAGAAACCUAACGUAUCUAAUCCACUUCCCCAAAAUAUAGUACCCAUAAGUACUGGGACUUUAAUACCUGUUACUAUAGUGAAUCCAAACUUAGCUUUGAAUCAGACAAUGAAUCCCACAUUUUUGAAUCAAGGGUUGCCAAUCUUCCAGAAAAUACCCAUCCAACCUGUAACUAUUGGUGUAAAAAAUGAUUUCAAACCUGUAAAGAGAAGAGUUAUAUACGAAACUGUUAAAAAUAUAGCAAAGGAUAAAUGUAAAGAAACAGAAUUAAAUGUAAAUGAAACAGAUGUAUGUAAUGCAAAUAAAUGUAAAGAAACAGAAAUGAAUGUGAAUGAAAAAGAUUGCUAUGUGAGAAAUGUGAAAAAAAGUAAUACUAAAAAAAAUUCACUAUCGAUUUUGGAAAGUCAUAGUGCAGCAUCAAAAAGAUACAGGGAAAGAUUAAAACAAACAAUGCAAAAACAGAUAGAAGAAAACAUAAAUCUACGCAAGAUGAACCGAAUACUGGCUCAUGAGAAGGCGGUACUACAACGCUUCAUCACACAGCAUCUCAAGGACUGCCCCAAUGGACCACAUCUCAGUCGUACUUUACAAGAGAAAUUGCAGAGCUUAAAUAAUUGCAUUCACAUGGAUUGAUGAAUAUUUUAACUAUUGUACUAUAAUUAUAAUUACUCACAUCAUUUUAAUAUAAUUAUUAUGACUAAAUAUUAAUUUA